AUGUCGAGACGAACCCUUCCUAUCCUCAAACGCUUCCUGUCCUCCCCCACCGCCGCCACUCGUUCCGUCACCUACAUGCCCCGACCCGGCGAUGGAACGCCCAGACCCGUUACUCUAAUUCCCGGCGAUGGCGUCGGCCCACUCGUCACCGGUGCUGUCGAGCAGGUCAUGGAGGCCAUGCAUGCCCCUGUCUACUUCGAGAAGUACGAGGUCCAUGGUGACGCCAAGAGUGUGCCUCCUGAGGUGAUCGACUCGAUUAAGAAGAAUAAAGUCUGUCUUAAAGGAGGGUUGAAGACUCCCGUCGGUGGAGGUGUCAGCUCUUUGAACGUGCUCUUGAGAAAAGAGCUUGAUCUCUAUGCUUCGCUUGUCCACUGCUUCAAUCUGCAGGGGCUCCCAACCCGCCACCAGGAUGUAAAUAUUGUCGUGAUUCGGGAGAAUACUGAAGGAGAAUACUCGGGGCUUGAGCACGAGGUUGUUCCCGGUGUUGUUGAGAGCCUCAAGGUGAUUACAAAGUUCUGUUCAGAACGUAUUGCAAAAUAUGCCUUUGAGUAUGCCUAUCUCAAUAACCGAAAGAAAGUGACUGCUGUGCAUAAAGCGAACAUAAUGAAACUUGCAGAUGGUCUUUUUUUAGAAUCCUGCCGUGAAGUUGCUAGCAAGUACCCAAGUAUCCAGUACAAUGAGAUGAUUGUGGAUAACUGUUCUAUGCAACUUGUUUCAAAGCCAGAGCAAUUUGAUGUCAUGGUAACUCCUAAUCUUUAUGGGAAUCUGGUCUCAAAUACAGCUGCUGGUAUUGCCGGAGGCACUGGUGUCAUGCCUGGAGGCAAUGUGGGGGCUGAUCAUGCCAUUUUUGAGCAAGGUGCUUCAGCCGGAAAUGUAGGAAAUGAGAAUUUACUGGAGCAAAAGAAGGCAAAUCCGGUGGCUUUGCUUCUUUCAUCAGCUAUGAUGCUGAGACACUUACAAUUUCCUUCAUUUGCUGAUCGACUAGAGACUGCAGUGAAGCGUGUAAUAUCAGAAGGUAAAUAUCGGACAAAAGAUCUUGGUGGAGACAGCACCACCCAAGAAGUUGUGGAUGCUGUCAUCUCAAAUAUGGACUGA